GAAGAUUUCGAGGUCGUGAUCCCCGUUGAGCAUCAACACAUACCACCAACAAUACCGCCAAAAUGUCGACAAACAUCUCCGGUCAGAAGCUCAAGAUGACUCUCGGUCUGCCUGUGUAUGUCAAAUUCCACACUCCCAUUUUUCGCCCAAUCGCGACAUAUCGGCGCAUAGCUGGAAAGGUCCACGGACUGGAAAGAGUUGGAUACAGGAUGCAUUGAUCGGAUUUGGGAGGGGAAAUGUGUGGGAAAAAGACAGAGAACUGAUUGCAUUUCCUCACAGUGGCGCCGUCAUGAACUGCUGCGACAACUCCGGUGCCCGUAACCUUUACAUCAUCUCCGUCAAGGGUAUCGGUGCGCGACUCAACCGUCUCCCGGCUGGUGGUGUCGGCGACAUGGUCAUGGCCACUGUCAAGAAGGGAAAGCCGGAGCUCCGAAAGAAGGUCAUGCCCGCGGUCAUCGUGCGACAGAGCAAGCCAUGGAGGAGAGGCGACGGUAUCUUCCUUUACUUCGAGGACAACGCUGGUGUGAUCGUCAACCCCAAGGGUGAGAUGAAGGGCUCAGCCAUCACUGGUCCCGUCGGAAAGGAGGCUGCGGAGCUUUGGCCGCGUAUCGCCUCCAACUCUGGUGUCGUCAUGUGAGGAAUUUGAAGCGUUUUUGGGAAUGGGUCUUUAUGCAUACCAUGGAGCAGGCGUUGUAGCUACGUAGCUCGGUUUCCAUCUGCCACGACGUGCGGAUUUUCAACGACUAUCAAUUCAAAUUCAAUCACUGUCCUCGUCCGAUGAAUCGCCUCUGGAGGAAGAACGAUGUGGCUUGAGACGCCCACUCGAUUGAAGCUGCACGAAAUCUGCCGGACCUGUCAACGCCGAGUGGCUGAACAUGUACAUCGCAAGCGAAACGUUUGAUUGGGUGUUGGGCUGAAUAGCCAAGUCUGAGGACUAUGUUGCAGUGGCGCAUUUCAAAGACAUUGCAAAGUAGCUGCAUAAUGACAAGCGAAUUUCGACGUGCUCUCAACCCGCUCGUCGUUUCACGGACUGGAAUGAUCGUUUAUGUGCU